AUGUCUCGCCAACUUAUCGUCGACGUUCAUACCCAUGUCUAUCCACCCUCCUACAUGGCGCUUCUCCGCUCUCGCAAAACAGUUCCCUACAUCCACGACCCCGCCGAAGGUGCAGACCCCCGUCUAAUCAUUCUUUCAUCAGACGAUGACCCCGCCACACCACCCGAUGAGCGAGGUCGUCCAGUCGACGCUUCAUACUCCGAUAUAAACGUAAAGCUCGACUUUAUGAAAAAGCACGACAUAGACUGCAGCGUUAUCUCCCUCGCAAACCCAUGGCUCGACUUUGUUCCAGAAGACGAAGCCCAGGGAUGGGCUGAGCGCAUAAACAACGAUCUAGAAUCAACAUGUGCAGGCGUAAAUAGCGAAACCCAGAAAUCUCUCUUCGCCUUCGGAGCUCUACCACUCAGUGCACCUUCAUCUGUCGUGGUGGCCGAGAUCAAGCGACUACGCACCCUGCCUCAUAUCCGUGGUGUGAUUAUGGGUACAUCGGGGCUAGGUAAGGGUCUCGAUGAUCCAGAUCUAGAUUCAAUUUGGGGUGCCUUGGAAGAGACCCAGUUGCUUCUUUUCCUUCAUCCACACUACGGGCUUCCUAGUGAGGCUUUUGGGGGUCCUGAGGUGAUUGCGCGGUAUGGACAUGUUUUACCGCUUGCGCUUGGGUUUCCGCUUGAAACUACCAUUGCGGUGACGCGGAUGCUUCUUAGUGGGGUUUUUGAUCGAUUUGAGCGAUUGCAGGUCUUGUUGGCUCACUCUGGUGGGACUCUUCCGUUUCUUGCGGGGAGGAUUGAGAGUUGUGUUUUGCAUGAACGGAAGUUUCUUGCGAAUGGGGGAGAUACUCCUGGACCGAAGCGGGGUGUUUGGGAUGUAUUGAAGACGAAUAUUUUCCUUGAUGCAGUUGUUUAUGGCUCCGCUGGAUUGCAGGCGGCUGUUGCUGCUGGGAGUCAUGAUCGGUUGAUGUUUGGUACUGAUCAUCCUUUCUUUCCACCAUUGCAUGAUGAAGAUGAGAAGUGGCCUAGCGUCACGACGAAUUAUCACGCUAUAAGCAGUUGUUUUGGGGAGAAGGAUUCUGAAUCUAUUGGCAUGGUCCUAGGGGGCAAUGCGAAUCGCAUUCUGAAGCUGGGAUUUGAUUGA